ACAAAGAGCUACAUGAGAACCUGUUGCAGACGGUGGCAUGCAUUGAGAACAUGGAGUCAGAAUUACAAUGCACCAAGACAGAGUUAGUCAGCUUCAAAGAGAAAUACAGAAGGCUACAGGAAAGCUAUUCUGUUUCUCAGCAGGCAAACAGCGUCUUGGAGCAGAAACUCAAAACUGCAGUAGACAGCUUGGACUCAGAGAGGAAGUUCCUCAUGCAGAGAACUGCAGAUUUGACUAAACAGCUGGAUGUUGCUCAGAAGACCGUCAGCUCUCUGGAAAACAUCAAUGUUCCUGCAUUGAUUAGAGAGUUGAUGAAAAAUCACUUUGACUCUCAGGAAGCACUGGAGCACUUUUUAUGUCCUCGGACAUCUCUUCACCAAACUGAUGGUGACCGAUCAGAGAGGGUGCAGGAGCUCAGAAACAACCAGCCUUUUGGUGGAAAAGGGGAUGUUUUUGAAUGGCCACAGACGGGACACACAUACUCAGGUGCCAGCCAACAGCCUGCCACAGCCUUUCUGCCAUGGAAACAUGAUCACGGUCCAUGGGCAGGGCCAGGGCAACUCGUGACUAAAGGAAGUGACUCACAACUUCCUUUUUAUUUUACUAAUGAUGUGCCAAUUCACAAAACGAUGGCAGAUACAAAGGCUCCAAGUCAUCAAGCGCACCAAUUAGCCAUGAACACAGAGAUCCACUUAAUUCCCCCAAACCCAUAUAAUCUAGAUAAGAUGAGGCUCAGCAGACAGACAGAUGGAGAGGGAACUGUUACUGUGGGGAAAGAGCCCACUGAUGUCAGCUAUCUUACAGCUCAAAGGAUGCUGAAUGAGUUUUUGAACCAGAUUCCUCCUCCAGCGCAUGAUGGUGAAGGGAAAGAUGCAGCAGAACUAACAGAAGGGAAGCUGUAACAUUUAAAGUGCCCCUAUUAUGGGUUAUGAAAGGUUCAUAUUUUGG